ACCACACCAGAAGAGGCCGAAUUAAGCACUGAAGUAUCAGCGGAAGCAACAGAAGCUCCGGCAGAAAAGAAACCCGAAGUAAGCACUGAAGUAUCAGCGGAAGCAACAGAAGCUCCGGUAGAAUCAACUACUCUGACUGCAAUAGAAACACCAGAAGAGCCCGAAAUAAGUACUGAAGUAUUAGUGGAAGCUACAGAAGCUCCGGUAGAUUCAUCUACUCUGACGGCAGUAGAAACUACCACACCAGAAGAGCCCGAAAUAAGCACUGAAGUAUCUGUGGAAGCAACAGAAGCUCCGGUAGAAUCAACUACUCUGACUGCAGUAGAAACUACCACAACAGAAGAACCCGAAGUAAGCACUGAAGUAUCAGCGGAAGCAACAGAAGCU